AUGGUGUUGGUGUGUGUGGAGCUGCGUGGCAGAGCGAGCGCGGCGCCCAUCUGUGUCCACGGCCAGGCGGGGUGCCACUUCCUCUCCCUGGCAGACCUCUUUGACCGGGUCAUCCAGCACAGUGCCAGGAUGCACAGCAUCUCCAGUGACCUGCACUCUGAAUUCGAGCAAUAUGUUCUGCCUAGCAGAAAUCAUAUUGGCAGGAUAAACCGCCACUGCCAUACAGCCACCAUACUAACCCCUAAUGGCAAAGAGAACGCGCAGAGACUGGCUAGAGAGGAGUUAACAGAGGUGAUUCUGAAGCUGCUGGUAGCAUGGAAGGAUCCUCUGUGGCAGUUCCACCAGAACAUGGUUCACCAGGAUGACUCCAACAACUUCAGCUCCAACAAAGCACUGGAGAUGAGCUACAUGGUGCACGAGCUCCGCAAGGGAGUCCAGAAGGUGGCUGAUAAGAUGCAGCACCUGGGGAUGAUCAGUAACUCCCUGAGUGGCCUGUCCUCCCCUGAGGCCUUGGACCCCUCAUCAGACACCAGUGGAGAGACCCAGGCCAUGAGCGACCACGACCUACUCUACUGCUUCAGACGGGACUCCAACAAGGUCCAGAACUACCUGAAGAUCCUCAAGUGCAGGAUCGUACCUGAGAACGGAUGCUGAGAUGUGAAGACAAGACAAGAGGCGUGACAUUCACAAACUACCGUGUCAAUCAAGGAAAUCAAGGACACAUCAUGAAUAGACACGAUGAUAAGACCGAGGGAAGAGACUGGGACUGUGGUACUUUCCUCCUCCUGACAAGUCCAACGAUAACUUCCACCAGCAACAACGUCUUCAUGUCUUCUAUGUACUGUAUUUAUGUCAUGUCACAGAGAAAUAAAGUACAGAUGUAAGAUCUUAAUCUGACCACCCUGUUGCAGGAGAACUUUCCUCCUCCUGACCAACGAUAACUUCCACCAGCAACAAUGUCUUCAUGUCUUCUUGUUGGAUUUAUUAUGGAUAAAUGAAUAAACAAUAUCCCCAUUUUAAAUAGAAUUGUAACUAAGUAAACUUAUACUCUGUUUUAUAAGUGAUUGACAAUAUGAGUUCAUAAGAAGGGAUUGUGUGACAGGACAAGGAGUAAUAAAAGUUAAUGAACACCAUUCCAACUAGGCAGAAACAAAUGGGUUGGGGACUGAGUAAACACAUAAGGUCGUUAGCCUAUGUUUGACCCAACUGAAACUUAGCUCUUGGGUUUUUAGAUAAGGCAGUGAGUGCAUUCCUAGGUUUUCUGUUAAUUAAAACUGUCAGUUCAGUGGUGAUCGAUAAUGUUGAGGGGCCAAAAGUUAUCUGGGAGUGUGUUAGUAAGUUAGAAUGAACUUUUCACCUUACUUUGUCCCGGUCGAGAGGAGGGGAUUCUGUUAAAGCAGUGAAAUGACGUCAUGAUCUGUAUAUAAACUGCUGCUCGUGAUUAAGUGGGAGCGCCCUCCGAGAAUACAUUCUAUUACCUAUUAUUGAAAGACUGGUCUGCGUCUAUUUUAUGCAAACAAGAAAUCUUACAAAUUCUCAUAAAAUAGAUGAAGGGCUUUCAAUUGAUGAAAGCACAUUGGCAUAAUUAAAUUACAGUAACAC